GUAAAUAAGUUAAUUAAUGGAAGACUUGUGUAUGAAAGGCAUCAGAGUACCAGGAAGAUUCCUGCACAAUGAAAUAAGCAGUCAGAAAAUAAAAAUGAUUCUCAGAUGUAGAGCUGAACCCAGCAGAGCAGUUGGGCAGAUGUGUUCACAUUUGUAUUCUCUUGUCUGUUCCCACCCAUGGCUGUCUCAUUUAGAGCUACAACUACUGAACUCUCUUGUAUGAGAAGCAGAUUACUUAUGUGGGGACAGGCUGCUUCUCGGGGAAUAAUAAUAAAGAAGUCACAGCUACACUGCAAAGCGGCAGUGCUGAGGCCCGGCAUCAGUGCAGGGAGGCAGGGACCAGGUCGUCGGGAACGGCGAUCUGUGAAGCUCUGGACCAGCCCACCAGGCACCUGAGUAGGCGCACUGCAAGGCUGCUGCUCAAGCAAUCAGACGCUCAGGAAACCACACCAGUCGUGCCUGUUUAAGGCAACCACAGUCAUUUGGGGACUGUGGUCAUGAUGGCGACUCCCCCAGACAAAACUGGCACGGUUACGUUAAACAUUUCCUUCCUCAACAGUUCCCUGACCAACUCCUCCAAGCCCGUCAUUGCCCCACCACCAAAAUGAGCUGACAUAAUUCAUGAAGCCGUUUCUUUUUAGUCUCCUCACAUAUUUGAUUUUAAUAUUUCAUAACAUGACUUCAAUAUUUUAAAGCAAAAUUUAGUAUGAUUGAUAUGACAUGACAACACUUUUAUUACCAGGGAAUUUGCAUACAAACAUUUGGAUAAGUCUUUAUCUAAUAUUUGGGCUAACCUAUGACAUAAAUGUCGUAAAGACGUUACACAUUUUCCUCAGUGUAUUUUUAAAGUAUAUUUUUCUUGUAUAUUAAGGACAUAACAGAGAUAUGAUGCCACGUUGUGGGGAUCCUGCUGGGAUUCAUAUAAAGACGCUGCUUAGAUGUCAAUUCAUAUCAAACAGUAAGCCAUACGCAUUACAGGUUUGAACCUUUGGGCUGUGUACAAUAGAUUAUGUGUCUGUUUCAGGUUCAGGGGCCCUGAAGUGUCUCCAAGCACCCGAGAAUCUUACCUGUCAGCUUUACAAAAAACAUACCUAGGGAGACAUUGCUGGAUUCUAAAUUCAAUUCUUGAUAUAAACUCUCUCAGACACGCCCUCUACCAUAAGCCACUGUGAUAUUCAGUAUGGGUCUGAGUCAUACAUACCGUAGACAUCAUUCACACCACAAUGAAUGAAUGAGUUGAGGGAUUCUGAGUUAGAUAAAGAUGUUAUCAAGUGACAAACCAAUAAUGUAAAUAAAAACAAAACACUCUGAUAGCUCUGUGGCUUUCUGCUGGACGCAUAUUCUCAGCUCUAAUUGGGAGAGAAAGAAAAAGAACUCGACUACAGAAAAGCAGAUAAUAGGGACAAGGACUUCUGUUUCUAAAUUAUAAACCUUUCGGCCAACACUCUGUUUCCAAGGGAUUUGGGAAGAACAGUCUUCAAAUUCAUCAUUUGCAAAUAUUGUUUCUGUAGAGUACUGAACUGAUUAUUCCAAGUACUGUACAUUCACAGACAAGCUCUCUUUGCCGUGUUAUCUUGCUGUUAGGAAUUGACACCAAAGAUGAGCAGAGAGAGGUUUAAGUCUACACGCUGACCCUUCACCCGAGUUAUGCUAUUAUGGCCAUGACAAGGGUAAAGAAGAAACUUUUUGAAAAAUCACAAUAGUAUGGCAAAAAGCUGGUCAAAGUUUAUAUUGCAGUUACUAUGGAAAAUUCCAAUUCAACCCUUCAUAAUCUAGCCUUAGGCAUAAAAUGAAAUGCAGUAAACUACAGCAUAUGAGAGACAUAAGAAAGAGGUUUUGUGAUGCCAGAAAUACUACGGGCAGGCAGUCCUGCGAAUAUGAUACUCGCCUCAUCAAGACUGCAGAGAGAAAAGGCAGGAAGGGGAAGCUGAUGGUCUGAGAGCUUCGUUUCAGCUGCUCAGUUAAGGAACCGCCAAGGAGGUACAGCAUUAUCCACUUAAAACAGAAAUGAAACUGACCGAUCUUUGUUUGUGUUUCCAGGUCAUCAUUCCACUGGUGAUGUGGGCCCCUCCAUACUGGUUGUUCCCUGGGAAGUAUCCUAUGUUUGUCCCAUUUAUCUUUUUCAUGUGUAUUAAUACUUUGGUAGUCAGACUCUGAACAUCCCAUAUUAUCUGCAUUUUGUUCCCUGGAAGCUGCUUGCUUUUGUAGUAAGCGAUUUUAGCAUCCUUGGAAAUGUAAUGGAACUAUAAAACCUGGGCUCCGGUAAUGGGCAAGCACUGGAAAGUAGAUUGAUAUGCAGAUGGCUUGGUCCAGAAAGGAAGGCUGGUCUGUGGAAAUGUACCCAGCCGUAGCGGCAGUGGCCAUAGCAGGGUGUGAGAUAUUGCAAGAUGAGUGAGCGGUCCUCAAGAGGUUCAAGGCCAGGAGGGCCAGAGUGGGUGGGAGACAGGAUGAGGAGAGGACCAGCAGUGUGCUUUGGGGGUUCCCAGGCAGACAGGGUGAUGACCUCACUGAGAAAAGGGGAUGAGAUGCACACACAAAUCCUGCAGCUGAGCACAGCUGCUGGGUGCUCAGAGCGAGAGACCUGUGUGGGAAGGUAAGAAGCGACACUGGGCGCAGGUUUCAGGGUGGAGAUCAGAGAGUGAAGAAGCAGUUUAAAGCCAGUUUAUGGAGGAACCAGCAGGGCAGAAAGGUCCUCUGUUCGUUGGUGAUAGGUAACCACUGAAUGUUUUGAACAAUUGCAUACAUUUCUAGAAGACGAAGUCUUGAUAGCUCGAGACAACCAGAGAAGAGGAAUUGGAGAUCGGUUGAGAGGGUGUGAUGGGUGAGAAUUAACUGGUAGCAAAGGUGACUGGUGACCAUGGAGAUAUACACAAGGGGGCAUUUGGGAGAGAGACAUCCUGGGUGGUGAGUCUGUAACAUGGCAACAUGGAGAAGGGACUAAAGAUGCUACUAACCCAGCCUGACACGGGGCUUGGGGAUCAAGAGAAGCAGAGAAGCCAGGGAGCCAGUAGGUCUGGAGGAAAAAAGAUAGGAUUACUAUCAGAAAUCGGAAUGUGAGUUUCCAACUGGAAACAUUAUUUUAAAAGAUAAGUGCUUCAUCAUUUCUUGCUUCUUAGAACGUCUAUGAGAAAUACUCUGAAAGAGGAAAAAACUAGACCAAAGGAUUCACACCACAAAGAAAUUCUUAAAGGACUAAGAAUAGUCCUAUGAAAUAACAGUUUACUUGUUUUGAAGUAGGAAUUAAAAGGAAGAAUCAUGAGAUGUUGCUAACAAGGAAGACAACUUCUAGAGAUGCACUAUCUUCAAAUCUGAGCCACAUGGUGAUUAAGGAAGAAAAAAGUCUCAAAGGAACCAUGGUCAGUAAGGAACCCAGCAAAUGCGUACUCACGACCUCCGCGAGUGAAGUGGAGCCUGCCGCCUGUCUGGCCCUGGAGAUGAAAUAUGCUCUGGAUCCCAACCGGCAGAUUAAGAAGCGGAAUAAAGCCCUGCAGGUGCGCUUUAAGGACAUCUGCGAGGCGCAAAACGAGCAGAGGGACACUCAGCUCGCCUCGGGCCUGCAGGGUGACAAGCGGGAGGCCAGGCCCGCGUCCUGCAGGGCUGCCUACCGCAAGUACAUGACCGUGCCGGCCCGGCGGUCCAUCCCCAACGUCACCAAGAGCACAGGUGUGCAGACCUCGCCCGACCUCAAGAAGUGUUACCAGACUUUCCCUCUGGACCGCAAAAAGGGGACUCUCAAAAGCAUCCCAGGCACCGAGGCCUUUAAAAGUCAGAACAACGGGUUGGUAAUUGAUGCGAAAGAGAAGAGCCAGGAAGGGCCGGGCGAGGAGGCCCGGCGGUGGGGCGCGGGCCGGGUACAGAAGACCACAGCCUUGGUUUUCCACUCCGACGAACACGUGAACGCGCUGGGGCCGCCCACCGAGGUCAACUGCGAGGAGCCGUGCAAAACCCCCGACCGGCACAGCUACCGCGAUGCUCCGGUGCAGAACUCCACUCGGUCGUCCUCCCAGGAGCUGGAGUACCAGCUGCUCGGGAAAGCCAGGCAGGGCAGGGCGACCCCGGACACCGAGGAGCCGGCUCCAUCGGCCCACCGGAGGGUGUUUAAAACCGAGGUGGCCACCGUGUACGCACCCGCCCCAGGCGCCAGGGCCCCCGCGCCGGCCUUGUCGAACUCCGCUCCCUCGAGCGAGAGCGAGUGGUCCCUCUGCCCCGCGGCCGACCUGGAGCGGAGAACGGUCGCGCAGGCCAGCGGGCUCCAGGUCCGGCCAGGCGCCGCCCCAGCCUGCGCGCCCCCGACGCAGUGCCUGUCCCCGGAAUGUAGCGAAGAAGACGCCUCCCUGCAGACUCAGGCCCCCUCGGGGCAGGAGCGCCAGCCUUGUCCCCCGGCGCUCGCUGCGGAUGAAGAAUGCCAACAAAUCGUGCCUCACACGGAAGUGGUCGACCUGAAAGCCCAGCUUCAGAUGAUGGAGAACUUGAUCAGUUCAAGCCAGGAAACCAUCAAAGUGCUCUUGGGGGUCAUUCAGGAGCUGGAGAAAGGAGAAGCCCACCGGGAAGGGCUUUCGUAUCGGACCGGGCAAGACACAGCCAACUGUGACACAUGCAGGAACAGCGCGUGCAUUAUCUAUAGUGUGGAGCUAGAUUUCAAGCAGCAGGAAGACAAACUCCAGCCAGUUCUGCGGAAACUUCACCCGUUUGAGGAAACUCAGGUCGCACCCUCGCCUUACACUCAGGAGACGUACUCCUCAACUCCCAAGCAAAAAUCUAAAACUGAAUCUAAAAAGCACGGACGGUGGAAACUCUGGUUCCUUUAACCCUCACGGUGUUUGGAGUCUGACGGCUGUCUUGAAAACCCACUGGAGUUCAAAGUAAACCCUUUUCCAAAACGAACAGGACGGAGUGAAGGGUGGCUGGGCCGGGCGUCACCCAGUUCUCCCCCUACUUACCAAAAAGGCCUUUGUGACAGAUCAGCUCACAGAGGCAAGGGAAUGCAGGUCAUACCUUGCCAGCUGUCUCUGCAGUUCGGGGGUGUGGGAUGUAAAAUCGGAAAGGAAACCUAACACAGUCAAAGGUGAUACCUAAAAAUUCUAUGCCCCCACCCCCAGAUCGGCAAGGAUUAGGUUAUCAACCUGCAGAACGGCAGGCUGUCACUCUGUAACACAGUAAAAACUCAUAAUUAUUUUCAAGCCUUUAUUUUUUUUAAAUACUGAGAAGAAAAAGUAGCCCUUACGUUUGCAAAGGACUUCAUUUUUACGUUUAAUUUUGCAAAUAAGCGGGGGUGGGGGGGUGCCAGUGCAAUUUUCAGCACAUCAAAUUCCAGAGAAAGCACAAUUUUUUUCAAGUGGUCGGAGACCAUGAAUAAUCUCUAAAAUGUGACUCUAUGUAUAUUUGCCUCCAUGUGCUGUGGCGCUAAGCCAAGUGGUAUCUCAGUGUCACACUGACACCUCGUAUUCAGCGUCUCCUGCAUCUCCAGACCGGCGACACGCUUUCUGCUCCUGCUCAAAAUGGCCAGCAGCAGCCAGGAGUCCCCCAGAGUCGGGACAUGCUUUUAAUCACUGCGAGUUGACAGGGUCAGCGCUAUCGGACACUAAGCUUUCAUAGAUCUCAUUUUUUAAUCUUUUGGUACCCAAAGGCCAAAUGAUAAAUCCUGGCAAGAAUCUGAAAACCCACAUAGAGAUACACAAUGGAUUAUACAGUCACCGAUAAAUCACAGGCAUUCUCUGCCACCGGAAAGUGUUUCUGUGGAUCAAUCUCUGAGACACUGUUCAUCACGAAAGCCUAGCCAGAUGUUUGAGACCAUUCGUUAUGCUUUGUAACAGCUGGGGAAGAUCUGACCAUCUCAAAGCGAAACCCUGUGCUUACUUUAGCUGCUACCGACAAACCACCUUAAUGUCACCCACAUUUAACCUGUUAGUGAGCUGUACUAAAUGACAAUACCUAGGGGAAAGCUGUGAAUCAAAUGUUUUUAGGUCUUUUUUUAAAUAAAUCGUGACACUUCGAGUUCUCUUUUGAUUACACAUUGCAAUAUAAAUCUCAGUUCCUUUAUUUUUUCACUGGUUCCUUUGCACCUUUGCAGGUACCUUUUUACAGAAUUCAAAAGCCCCUACUCUAUUAAUGACUCUGUCUAUCAAAUUUUGGCUUUUCACAAUAGGAAGUAGGCAUCUUCUUUUGCCUUUUUUUUUGGGGGGGGGGGUACAAGUUCAAUUUUGAGUCAUUUGUGAACGUACAAGGAAACGGAGUCUCCUAGUCUCUGUCCAGCCGUUUCUGAUCUAAUCUCAUGCUCGCACGCACACCUUAUUGAUCAGAUGCCAAUAGAGUGGUCAACCUUGGUAAAAGGAUCCACCUGCAUUUCUCAGAUUGGAGCUAUUUCUUGCCAUGCGUUUUCCUUCUGACUCAAUAGCAAAUCUAUUUUUUGUUCUCAGUGUUCUGAUUCUACAAGGACCUUAGUGGGCUUGAAAAAAAAGAAAAGAAUGACAGGAGUAUCUCACGUAAGCAUUCUUUGGGGGUUAAUCCAGCUCUCUCGCAGAUGUACGCUUUAAUUAAAAGAAAAAACAUGCAUCUUUUGUGGAAUCGAUAUAUGAGGAUAUGAAUCCUUGAAUAUCACUUAAUAGAAUUGAGAAAUAUUUUUGUGCAAGGAGAAGACUGAGUUAAGUUGAUCAAAUACCAUGAAGGAAGUGCAAUUGUUUCAUGUAGAGAUAAAAUUUGAAAAAAAAUGUGUUUCAUGUAUUUUAUACUGUUUUUAACUAAAGUUAUAAAAACAUGUUUGCAACAAGUUAUCUCUCCUUGUGUCUUCAGAACCCCGACUGUCUCAGUGAAUUGAAAUAAGAGUGUUAGCAGCUUUCUGCUUAGUACCAUAAUUCUGUCUAAACAAGAGGACAUCCUCGUAAACAAAGUAAUA